AUGGAGUCUCUUUACAAGAACUCUGUUUGGGAGUUGGUUCCUAAGCCCAAAGAUAGAAAGCUAGUUGGAUGCAAGUGGGUAUUUAGGAAAAAGGAUGGACUACAUGAACAAGAUGCUGUGAGAUUCAAAGCAAGGCUCGUGGCUAAAGGGUACUCACAAAAGGAAGGGGUGGAUUAUGAUGAGAUCUUUGCACCCGUAAUCAAGCAUACUUCUAUCAGAUUACUUUUAGCAAUGACAACUCAGCAUGACAUGAAGAUUGAGCAGAUGGAUGUGAAGACAUUGUUUCUUCAUGGGGGUAUAGAGGAGACAAUUUUCAUAGCUCAACCAGAAGGGUUUGUUGAAUAUGGGAAAGAGAACCUAUCUCCAAGACAGUGGUACAAGAGGUUCGAUUACUUCAUGCUGAAAAUCAAUUUUAAAAGAUGUUUAUAUGACUGUUGUGUGUACUAUCAUGUGUUCCAAGAUGGGAUGAUCAUAUUGCUAUUGCUAUAUGUGGAUGACAUGCUAAUCGCUUACCAAGACAAGUCUAGAAUUCAAGACUUGAAGAAGAUGUUGAGUAAGGAGUUUGACAUGAAGGAUUUAGGUGCAGCACAGAAGAUCCUUGGCAUGGAAAUUCAGAGAGAUAGGACUGCUAAAAGGAUCUGGAUAUCACUAGCCAAGUAUAUUCAGAAGGUUCUUGAGAAGUUCAACAUGCAAGAAGCAAAGUUAGUUUCGACUCCUUUGGCAGCUCACUUCAAGUUAAGUGGGCAACAGUGUCCUAAGUCCGAGGAAGACCAGCAAGUAAUGGAGAAGGUGCCUUAUGCUAAUGUCGUGGGCUGCCUUAUGUAUGCAAUGGUAUGCACAUGUCCCGACAUAGCUCAAGCAAUCAGUGUUGUUUCCAGAUACAUGGCAAAUCCAGGAAAGCAACAUUGGGAUGUAGUCAAGUGGAUUUUGCGUUAUUUGAAGGGUUCUUAG